AUGACGGAUUCUGGUAAGGAUACCAAUCGCCAUUCUGAGAGAUUUUCGCCAGAGUUGAACCCCAAUGGCGGCCUCAUAGCUUGGUUGCAGGUCGUCGGGUCGUUCAUGGCCUUUUUGAAUACAUGGGGCAUCGUGAAUUCCUUUGGCGCGUUCCAAAGCUACUACAGCUCCGAGCUGCUCAGCGAUGUUUCCGACUCGAAUAUCUCAUGGAUCGGCUCUAUCCACGGCUUUCUGCUCUGUCUCACAGGCUUCUUGACCGGUCCGCUCUUCGAUGCCGGAUACGCUUAUUACCUUAUAUACAUUGGCUCGUUCCUUGUGGUAUUUGGCAUGUUUAUGGUCAGUUUGUGCACUCAGUACUGGCAGGUCAUGUUGGCGCAGGGUAUCUGCAUUGGUCUGGGCAGCGGGUGCCUAUUCAUUCCCAGUGUUGGUAUCAUUCCAACCUACUUUAGCACUCGUAAAGCGCUCGCGACGGGCCUUGCAGCCUCAGGAAGCAGUGUCGCCGGUGUUAUCUACCCUAUCGCCUUUACCCGUCUCCAGCAAAGUAUCGGUUUCCCAUGGGCCACACGAGCCAUUGCCUUCAUUAUGCUAGGCACCCUCUCGAUCACCAUCGCAACCUUCCGCGUGCGCAUUCUACCCCCCGAGCGACGACGCCUCUUUGACCCCCAAGCCCUUUGUGAUGUCCCUUUUAUGCUCUUCAAUGCGACCGCCUUCUUCACCUGCGUGGGCCUCUACGUCCCUUACUUCUACAUCUCUGACUACUCCACCAUCGUUGCCACCAUGUCCCCAUCCCUAGCCUUUUACACGGUCCCUAUUCUCAGCGCAGGCUCCGUCUUUGGCCGUAUUCUCCCCAACUUCUUCGCCGACAAAACUGGUCCCCUUAACAUGAUCGCCAUAUGCAUAUGUGCCGCUUUUAUUCUAGCGUACUGCUGGCUUGCAAUCGCUAAUACACCAGGUAUCAUCGUCUUCUGCGUGUUGUACGGGUUCUUCUCGGGGACGUUCGUGUCGCUGCAGGCAACGUCAGUUGUCACACUGUCGCCGAGUCUGGGAAUCUUCGGGACGAGAAUGGGAAUGAGCACGCUUUGUGCUGGAUUGGGGACGUUAGUUGGGAAUCCGGUUGCGGGCGCGAUUGUGGGAAAGGGGAGUUGGUUGGGGUUGAGGUUGUUUUGUGCUUGUGCUUUGGCAGUGGGGACGGUGUUUGUUGCUGGUGCGAGGGUGGUGAGGAGUCGGAGGCUGAUGGAUCAGGUGUAA